GACCAGGCUUUCGCCCAGCCACGAAGACCGUAGUAUCGUAUAUUAGUGCAGUUUGGUUGCAAACCUUGGAUUGUUAUUUAAAAAUGCCCACCACCCCCAAAUUUGACGAACCAUGGAUGGACGAACUCGAUGGACAUAACUGUGUGAGUAGAGCUAUUAGUUUUGGAGCAAGAGGAGCGUUUGUAGGAGGUAUCUAUGGUGCUGCUUGGUCUGCGCUGAGAAUCCCAGAUCCUCAUCCCACUCCACUUAUCCUGCAGUCCUUUAUUUUGAUGAAGAAUAACUCAAUCCUUGUUGGUGGUGCAGCAAGUUUGUUUGCUUUAACAACAUGCACAGCAGCUUCAAUGAGAGAAAAAGAUGACCAUUUUAACUGGGCCUUGGGAGGUGCUGCAAGUGGAGUUCUGAUUGGAUUUAGCAAGAGCAGUUGGGGGUUGGGCUGUGGUCUUGCAACAGCAUUUGCCGCUGCUGGAGCUUUAGCCAAGUACUCUGGUGUGUACAAACAUCCUCUGCGUACUGACAGAGUCUAUGUGUGAUGCACGUUAAGGCUCAUAAGAUACAUUACCUUGGCCACAAGUUUUGAAUGUUAAUUGUGAAUAAAAACUUUACAAUUGAUCGUAAAUAACAUCUAGCUGUUUAGAACAUUAACCUGCAGCUAAAAUGGUGAGCCAUUUUUGGUAGGAUUAUGUUCAGUCUACUGUGAGAAGGCAGAUAAACGAAAGUUGUUAAGCGCCGAAGUUUCUAAGGAAUAAAAGAUUAUUUGGCUGUUUUAU